AAGCAUAAGGCCUAUUGCUUCUAUUGUUAUCUUUUUAAGCAUGACCGAAUGGAUGAAAAAUUUGGGCAUGAUGUUUUCUCCAAAUUGGGUUUUGACUGUUGGAAAAAUGCGGUUGCAGCAUUCCGUAAACAUGUUGGUGGGCCAUGUAGCAUCCACAAUAUUUCAAAAACAGCAUGUGAUGAUUUUAAAAAUCAAGGGGCAAGUGUGAAAAGUAAAGUUACAACUUACAGCAAAGGUUCACUAGUGAAGUAUGAAACUCGUGUGGAUACAUCUUUGGGCAUUGUAAGUUAUCUAGCAUUGCAAGGUGAACCAUUUCGUGGACAUGAUGAAUCCAGUACUUCUUUGAACAAGGGAAAUUUUUUAGAGUUACUUGAUUGGGUGAAAGAAAGAAUUCCAGAAGUGAAGGUUGCAUUUGAUGAGCUAUUCCCUAAGAAUGCCAAAAUGACUUCUGGAAAAAUUCAAAAAAUCCUUGCUAAACAUCGUGCACAAGCGGUCACCAAGGCAAUCAAAGAAGAGAUGGGUGAUUCUCUUUUCUCUGUUCUUAUUGAUGAGUGCCGUGAUAUAUCGGUGAAAGAACAAAUGGCCGUGGUAAUUAGGUACGUGUUUAAGUUUUUGAAGUGUAUAUGUGUUUUUUGAUCAUUUUGUUCUAUGUAGAGUGGUCAACUAAUUAUAUGACUUCCUAUAGGUAUUUGAGCAAACAAGGAGAGACUAUUGAACGCUUUUUAGGUAUUAAGCAUGUUCCGGACACAACAUCUGUUUCUUUAAAGAAGGCAUUAUUGGAGGUUUUUGCUAAGCAUGGUCUAGUUGUUGCACGACUACGAGGGCAGGGUAUGAUGGGGCAUCUAAUAUGAGAGGAGAAUUCAAUGGCCUUCAGAAGUUAAUUCGAGAUGAGAACACAUAUGCUUUCUAUAUCCAUUGCUUUGCCCACCACCUGCAAUUGGUAGUUGUUGCUGUUUCGAGAUGCUGCAAGCGUGUAGAGGAUUUUUUUGAAUAUGUGACCAUGAUUGCUAAUCUCAGUACUUCAUCUUGCAAGAGGAAGGAUAAAUUGCUUGACAAGCAAAAAGAGGUUCUUUUGGAUAAGAUUAAGAGUAGUGAGAUGCCGACGGGAAGAGGGAAAAUCAAGAAACAUCCUUGGUCAGACCUGGAGAUACAAGAUGGGGCUCUCAUUACACAACCUUAUCUCGCAUUGAAUCAAUGUGGGAUGCAAUCAUAGAGGUUUUGGGCAUUGUUGAGGAUGAUGUGCGUGUUCCAUGUAGGGCAGGAGGUUUGGUUCAUCAAAUGGAGACUUUUAGCUUUGUGUUCAUCUUGAAGAUGAUGCUAAAAAUCCUUCACAUGACAAAUGAUUUGUCUCUUCUAUUGCAAAAGAAGGAUCAAAAUGUUGUUCAGGCAAUGUCAUUGGUUACGGAUGUGAGAACACGUUUGAUCAACUGGAGAAAUAAUGGUUGGGAGCCACUCUUGGAAGAUGUCAAAGCCUUCUGCACCAAAAACGACAUUCCGAUACCAAAUAUGGAUGACAUCUUUACAAAGUGGGGAAAAUCAAGAAAAGGUGGACGAAACAAUGUCACGGCUGAUCAUUUUUUCCGCGUGGACACCUUCUAUGCUGCCAUAGACUCCAUCACCACAGAGUUUGAUCAUCGUUUUAAUGAGGUAUCUUCGGAGCUGCUCCAGAACUUCUCUUGUCUUGACCCAAGAAACUCCUUUUCUAGGUUCAAUGUGAAUAAGCUUGCUAGACUCACAGAGAUUUAUCAUGAGGAUUUCUCAGAUUACGAACGUGAACAUAUAGUUGAUAACCUAGAGCUAUUCAUUAUCCAUAUGGAGAAGAAUUGAAGACUUUAGAGCUUGUCAUGAUAUUGCAAGUCUAGCUAAAAAGAUGGUUGAACUUAAAAGGCAUGUCAUGUUUCCUGCUGUUUAUCGCCUCAUUGAGUUGGCAUUGCUACUACCGGUAGCGACGGCAAUAGUAGAAAGAGUCUUCUCAUCAAUGAAAAUCAUCAAGACUGAGUUGCGCAGCAGGAUGUCUGAUGGCUGGCUUAAUGACUUGAUGGUGUGUUACAUUGAGCGAGAGAUCUUCAAAAGUAUUGAUCUUGGUAAAAUUAAGGAAGAUUUUCAGAAGGAGGGUAGGGCACUGCCAUUACCUGAGUCUUCCUGCCAUUAAAUGCUUCAUUAUCGGUAUGUUUUAGAUAGUUUUUCUAUUGACACAUGUCUACAAUUUCAUUGUAUUUGGUUAUUUGUUUGUAGUGUACAAUUUCAUUCCUUUGAUUCGCAUAAAGAAAAAUCUUAGUGAGACUUCUCCCCACCUAAUUUUUUUUUCAUGGUCCGCCUCUGCCUGAACGCAUCCCCAUGUAUGGAAAGACAGACAUUGGGAACAUAAGCCAAGCAUGACAAGAAGAACCCAAUUGGAAACAACACUAAAUAAGAAACCAUCAUAAUGAAUCACCCCAGCUCUGCUUAUAAGAUGGGCGAAUUCAAGAACAUAAGAACGACCGUAACGAACAACCAUAACGACUAGCGAGCUAAAUCAGAGUAUCACAAGGGCGCAUGCGUUUGAGGUCUGGAAAUCGCCGACGAACAACGCAGCGACCGAACAGAGGCACCGAUCUGAACGAACACGAUAAACUGACCUUGCAUUCGCCUCUCCCCGUCUCCAUAAUCCAAAUUCAUAACUAGACAGCGAACACGAAACACAGGAACACGAAACUUAAUCGCUCAUCGCUCCGCCACGAACACGAUAAACUGACCUUGCUUUCCUCUCUCCGUCUCCUUAAUCCAAAUUCAUAACUAGACAGUGAACACGAAACACAGGAACACGAAACGUAAUCAACUAAUCAUUCAUCGCUCCGCCACGAACACGAAACAGAGGAUCAUGAAUGUCUCUCAGAUAACCAAAGCGCAUGCAGAAGUUGAAUGAUCCAACAAACUCAGAAUCAAUAUUAACUAUUCAAUGAUCUAGCAAACAUAACAAUAGAAUUUUAGAGAAUAGGGUGUCAGAAGAUCAAUGAUCAAUGAUCGCACUAUAAGUUAAUUGUCACAAAGCCUAGGCAAAGCAAGAAAAGCAUUUUCCAUUGACUGGACAUUAGUAAUACAAAAAAAAAGAAUAUGGUAUCCACAUAAGACAUAAUAGAACACGCAUACCACUAAAAAUUUAAGAAAAAAGAAGUUGACGGUCUACACUAAACAAAUACUAGGUCAUUAAUCACAAUACCGAGUUGAUGCCAUAAAAUUAAACAUGACAAACAAUAAUUUUUCAGGCAAACUAACUGGGAAUUAACAAAUGUCAGAGCAUAAGAGUUGGGCUAGUCAACUGGAUCACCAUUAUCACAAGAAAACAAGCAGCACAUGUCCACAUUAGAGGUUCAUUAGGAAGUUAGCAGCAUUGACAAAAAAACAUGUGAUGAACGUGCUUUCACAGAUAAAU